AUGGAAAAUGUUUAUACGGCAUUAUCAUUAUCAUUAAUCACCAAAAACAGAUUUGUUAUAUCAUGUGAAGAAUCAACAAAAGCUAUAAAUCAAUUUAUAAAUUAUAUUUUACAACCAAUUAAUUUUAAUCAAUCACAAUAUGUAAUAAUAGAUUUACUACAAAAUAAAACAGAUGAUGAAAUUUUAGAUCAAAUGUCUUAUGUUGUUGAUGAUAAAUUAUGGUUUAAAAAUAUUAUAAUUUGGCAAAAUUUACAACAUUUGGAAAACAAGGAGUAUAAAAGAUUAUACAAAUUAAUUUUACAAAUUGAUAAUUAUAAUAUGAAUUCUUCAAAAUUAUUAAAUAAUUUACCAUCAAGUUUUACUAUAGAUAAAAAGAUAAUAGAAAUAUAUAAACCAAAAUUAUUUACAAUUAUACCAUUUUUGGAAUAUGAUUUAUAUCGAAAUAAAAUUUAUCCUUUUUUAAAAGAACAAUUUUGGUAUAGUAUAAAUUUCCCCAUUAUAAGUGAUUCAACAUCUAAUCAACUAUCAGAUGUUAAAUUUAUGCCAAACACACAAGAUACACUAUUAGUGUUACGAUCCAAAAUGGAUAAAGUAUUUAUGUCACCUGAAAUUAAAGGUUAUAUAUAUUCAUUAAUUGUUUUUAUUAGGUGUCAUAGAAUAGGUUCAUUAGCUCCAAAGCAAGUUAGAGUUCCUACCAUAACCUUAGAAUACGUUUAUGAUUUUUGUAAAGCUUUAGUAUUAUGGAAGAAGAAAUUAUUAAUAGAUGAACAACCUCCAUCACAAUUACAUUCAAUCGAAAAAACAGAAGAGAAAAUUGAAGAAAAAAUAUCAUCAUUAUCUGAUAGCGGUACAUCAGAAACAGCAACAGCAGCAACAGAUUUUUACAUUAACACAGAUGAAUUAUUUAUAACUCCAGAAUACGUUAAACUAGCAAUUCGUAAGAUAUGUUAUUGGUUAGUAGAUUGGGAGUACAACACUAAAUUUGCCAAUACUGAUGAUUUUAAAUAUACAAAUAAUGAAGAACAACAACAAAUACUAGCAACAAAGAAGUUAGAGAUUAGCAUGUUAACUGGUGAUUGGUAUGGUAGUGAUUAUAAUCAUGUUAAUGAAUAUUUAAAGGGGUAUAAACAUGAAAAGGAUUAUGAUAGUCCUACUGGGUUUACUAACAAAAUUAUUGAAGAGUGUAUUAAUCUGGUUAGACCACCUUUAUAA